AUGGAUAUCGAUAAAAACAAUUUAGAAAAAAUCCUAAAUGAUUUUGAAACGAGAAUGAAGGAAUUAGAGCAAAGUAAUGAAGUGUUACUUUCUCAAAUAAAAUAUUUAGUAGAAGAAAACAAAGCCAGAAAUGAAACUAUUAUUAAUUUAAAAGAAAAUAUUAGAGAGCGAAACGAAGAAGCAAAAGCCAAGCAAGAAAUUAUUAAUAAUCUAAAAGAUCCUGGAAAUCCACAAACCAAGUCACAUUGCAGAAAUUUCCCAUAUAUUGUGCUUCAAUAUACAUUUCCCAUUUUAAUUUUGAGGGAUCCAGAGAAACAAUAG